AGUAGUCCUGAUAUAUCUCUGUUCCUUAUAUGUGAUUGUCAGUGCCUCUUCUAGGAGCGCUUAGUCCAUCUUUAUAAGUCUAUGGUUUCAAGACGAAGCGUGAUUUGUAACGUUCGACAAUACCUGUCUAGUUUUGUGUCAAAACUAAUAAAAAUACGGACUCGGCAUCUGGACCUGUAUACACACAUGAACAAAACUUUUGUGAAAACCAAGUAGUUAAUCUUGUACAUACAUUAGAAAACUGAUCUCGGUAAUCAUUUAUAAGAGAGACCAAGAAGUGUACUAGAAACUUAUCAAGAGCGUUGUCAAAAGAAUGGGGGAACGUUACAAUAUCCAUAGUCAGCUGGAACAUCUUCAAUCCAAGUACAUUGGGACAGGUCAUGCAGACACAACGAAAUUUGAAUGGUUGGUUAAUCAGCACAGAGAUUCAUGUAGCUCUUACAUGGGGCAUUACGACCUUCUAAAUUUCUUUGCGCUAGCUGAAAACGAAGCCAAGGCACGCGUCAGAUUUAAUCUGAUGGAGAAAAUGCUGCAGCCUUGUGGCCCACCUCCAGAAAAACCAGAAGAUUAAUCCUAUCUAUAAAAAAUAAGCUGCGAACUGAUUUUGUCUGUUACUCUAAAAAUAUAAAUAAACCAAUUCUUAUCAACUCAAA